AUGGAGUUGAGUCCCAGUGAGUUUUCAGAUUAUUCGGUACUGCAGGACAAAGAAAAUAUUGCUGUAUGCAAUAAGCCCGAAUCAGAGCUCAUGAAUGAAAAGAUUGUCAAACAAUGUGAAUUCUAUUUCUCGGAUGCAAAUAUUCUAAAAGACCAAUUCCUUCUAAACUUAGUCAAGUCAUCAAAGGAGGGAUGGGUGGAUCUCUCUGUAAUUGCAGGUUUUAAAAAACUCCAGUCUUUGACGACGGACCUUAGCGUUAUUCGUCAGUCACUGGCAGCUUCAACCAAAAUUCAGGUGUCAGAAGAUGGGAACACAAUUCGACGCAUUGAUCCUUUGCCCGUAUGGGAUAAAUCCGUUUACUACCGUACCAUCAUAUUGUCGGAAUUCCCAGAAAAUUCGAACGUCACAGUGGAAAGUAUUCAGGAGUUCUUCACGAUAAAUGGCCAUCCUCCAUCUUUAGUGCGCGUUCUGUUUCCAAACCGCAAGAUACCAUCUGAUCUUAAACGUUCACAAAUACUACAUAAUCAACUCGGCGUCAAAAUCUGCGCUGUUGUUGAAUUCCCUAAUCGACCUGAUGCAUUAAAAGCAAUUAAUUUAUCUCGCUCUCACUGGGGGAAAAUAUAUGCAUACCUUUUGUGUCAUGGCAAUAAAAAGCUGAAUAAAAACCAACCUGAACAUAAGACUGUCCCUAAUACCACCAAUUCCAAAGGUGUUGCUGAUGACAAAGUUGAACCCAUUCGCAAACCACUUCUACGUCGUCUGGAUUGCCUUAGCAACAAUAGCAUUCAUGUGUCUCACGUACGAGAGCCAAUAGGUCCACCAACUGAAGAAAGUGCUGGUUUUUUGCCUGGUUGGCGUGAAUUACUCCGGUUGCAGCGAAUGCUCAUUCGUGACGGAGCUGAAGUGAAUAAGUCUUCAGAAGCUGAACUUCAGCAAUUAGAUAAUGCGAUUGUUUGUAUAGACUCCGGUGCAGUUUGCGCCUCUUAG